GUUCUGUAAUAUUUCAAUAGCGUUUUCUUCUUAGCUCAAUUGUAAAAAAAAAAUAUUCUUUUGUACGGGUAAUAAUAUUUAAAAUUGAUUAGCAAGGGAUUAAUAUUUACCUUGUUUCGUCGACAUUUCAUUACAUAAUUCAGCAUAUAACACAAUUCGGGUCAUAUAAGUAAAUUUUUUCAAAUGGUGUCGUGUGAUGUAUUAUAACAGUCGGCAAUGCAAUGUGUAUGGUAAAAAUGGAUUUGUGAUCCAUUUGAAAUUCAAAGGCAUUUGACAAUGCUGAAUGCAUUCAAAUUUUGGAAAAUAUGCCUAAGAGACAAAAAGGCUAAAUGAAAACGCUACUGUAGCGGCUUCGUUAACACCGCUUAGGGACAGUUUUACAGUUUUUACACCUGCAAAUAAUGACUGACAUAAUCAACUUUGAUAGUUUACAAGACGCUAAGCCGAUCAGUUGAGAUGCCGUGUUUUGUUGAAAAUAUUUAUAAUUCUCAGUUUUAUUAAUUGCUGGCAUUAAGCUCAUAAGAUAUACAAACUAAUUUCAAAACACGGCAACUUUUUGAAAUCUCUAUUUGGAUUGAGGCAGAAAUUUGAAAUAAGUGAAAAUAUUCUUAAAAAAAAGAUAUAAAAAUGAGUAGUGAUUCUGGAAUGCCUCCGCCCAAAAUGCCGCUUCCUGAACCUGCGCCCCCUGCUGAUGGGGAAGCGUUCUCAUUGGAACCGAAUAAUUCGUUAACGACACAAAAGACAAAUGUAGCUUCCACAUCUUCAACACCAGCCUCGUCGAUUACCGGGGGACCUACUAGCCGUUUACGUACUCCAACUAAUUACAGUGGCGAUGCAAGCGCAAAUGUUGCAAAAUUUGGUCGUCUUUGCUCACACGCCGCACCAAAAGCCGGGCCUCCGCCACGAGACACAAAAAGCAUGAGUCGUGAAAGCGAUGACAAUUUGAGCUCUUGUAACUCAACAUUCACAGAUUUGUACCAGGAAACUGUAAAACGUUUUACGCGAUCCUCUCUUUCACCCGACAUGGAUCGCUAUUCAUCGUCUCGCAAUUCUACCAAAUCGCCUACGACAUCCCACAAAUCCGCUUUUGGAGAUCGCCACACCCCCUUUGAUUUCUAUCUGGAGGCCACAGGCCGCCGCCGUAGUUCAGAUCAUGGGGCCGUUCUUACGCAAGAUACAGAACAGUUUAUAAUUGGUCAAAAAGUGUGGGUGGGUGGAAUACGUCCUGGGCAGAUUGCCUACAUCGGCGAAACACAUUUUGCCCCUGGUGAUUGGGCCGGUAUUGUGUUAGAUGAACCAAAUGGUAAAAAUGAUGGAUGCGUUGCUGGCAAACGUUACUUUCAGUGCGAACCCAAGCGUGGUAUUUUCUCGCGUCUAACCCGACUUACAUUGACGCCUUUUUCGGGUGCAAACACACCAACUUCUCCACUAGCAAAAAUGUCGCCAGAUCGAUCGCGAACAGUAUCACCGACAGCUAGCAUACGCAGCUCAUUUCAACGUAGCCCUGGAAAAAAUGGACUGACAGUUGGUGAUCGUGUUAUUGUGUCAUCAGGCUUCGGUAGCCGUCCUGGUAUUUUGCGUUAUUUGGGUGAAACUCAAUUCGCUUCGGGCAAUUGGUGUGGGAUUGAGUUGGACGAACCAUCGGGUAAAAAUGAUGGUUCCGUAGAUGGCGUAAAAUAUUUUGAAUGCAAGCCCAAAUACGGAGUAUUUGUGCCGAUUGCCAAAGUCUCAUUGUCACCUUCAUCAAAAAAGUCUCGUCUCUCAAGAGCAGGUUCCCGAGAAUCUCUAAACUCUAUCGGCACCAUGAAUAGCAUUGCGACAACAAACACAUCACGCUUGCGCAUGAAUGCACAGCGCAAAUCUUUGUCAAUCAAGCCGCUCGGUACAACACCGAAAUCACAAUAUUCCAUGCAGGAUUUACUACACGAGAAGCAGAAGCACAUUGAGCAGUUGAUCAUAGAGCGGGAGCUAGAUCGGGAGGAUUGCCAGAAUCAAGCGCUCCAGUAUCAAAAAAAUAUAAACGAGUUGAAAUCACGAAUAGUACAAUUGGAGCGCUCGCUUGAUGAUGAACGCAAGAAAUCAGAAGACUUACAAUUUUCUAUCGAUGAGGCCACCUACUGUGGCAACGAUGUCCAAACUAAUGUAUAUAAAGAAAAAAUUCAAGAGUUGGAGAAAAAAGUUUCUUCUCUAUCAACUGAGACCUCGUCCACUCUGAAAACAGAACCGUCCACCGAAGAUAUAUCUGCUGCUGUCACUGCAGCGACUGAAGUUGCUACUGCUAGAAUUGCUGAAUUAGUGUUGCAAUUACAGCAGCAGAAGGACGAAUACGAAGAACGCCUUGCUACAACGGAAGACGAGCAAAAACGAUUUCAAGAGAAAGUGGAAUAUCUCCGGAAAGAAAACGAAACCAUGCGGAAAGAGCUUAUGGAUAAAGAUGAGAGUCUGGAAAAGUUCUCGCUAUCAGCUUGUGGCAUAAAAAAUUUGCGAGAAGAACUAGAUCUACUAAAAGAGGAAGCCGAAAGAGAGCGUCAACAGUUACAGGCUGAGUUUGAUCGCAAAAUGGAGGAGAAAGAUUUGUUAGUAGACUCGUUACGCUCUGGCCUUGACAUCGAAAAAACUACUCUUGCGGCCUUGGAGGUUGAGCGGUCCAAUAUGCGGGGUGAAUGUGAUAUCUUAAAGACAGAGUGCAAAAGUCGGGAUGAGCAAUUGCAAGAUCUUAACGAGCAACUGUCAAAGUUAAAAGCAGAAUUUAGCAUACAAAAGGCAGAAAAUGCUACUCUUGACGAACUUUUAAAAGUUCAAGAGGCGGGUGCAUUGCAAGAGAAAAUACAGGUAGAAGAAAGUUUGCUUGAAAUUGAGAAAUUAAGAAAGGAAGUUGAAAGUUUGCAAAAAGCUAAGGAGCACUCCGAUAGUCAGUUUAAAGCUGCAAAAGAAGAAGUGAAGCAGUUGGGUGAACUGCAAAAAGCUUUGGAUGAAAAGAUGAAUGUUGCAAAGGAAAAAGAUAAAGAAAGUUUCGAAGCUGUAACAAAAAUGGGUAUGAUUAUGGAAGAACUAAAAAAACAAAACAGUAGUAUUACGAUUGAAAAUGAAAAUCUGAAAAUUGAAAUUAAAAAAAUAAACGAACUAAAAGCUCAUGCCGAUUCUACAGAAGCAGAGCUUCGAAAGCUUUUGAAUGAUCAACAGCAAGUAUAUACAGCAAAUGUAGAAAAAUUAGAAGAGGCAAAUUCAAGUUUACAGAAACGACUUGAAUGCGAUCAACAAAAUUACCAAGAGGGCUUGAGUAAGAAACAAAUAGAAAAUGCAUCGCUUAAUGUACAGGUUGGGCAAUUGCAAAAACAAUUUAAUUCCUUAGAACUCGAUUCGUCUGCAAAGAUACAGAAACUAAGCUCCAAAAUCAGCGAUAUUGAAUUGAAAUCGCAACUUCUUCAAGAUGAUUUAAAAUCUAAAGAAAAUGCUCUGAAAUCCGAAAUGGAAGCAUUUUCGCAUCAAGAACGGAUUUUAACCGACAAAACAGAGAGUUUGAAUUCAGCUAUUACUGCUCUUGAAACCACUACUAAUCUAUCGAAUAGAUUGAAGCAAGAACUUGACUUACUAGCAACUAAAUACUCUGACAUUGAAAACACCAACAGAAUACAAGCUGAACAAUGUGCUCAGCAACAACUUGAAAUCGGCGAUCUGACACGGAAGCUUGAUAAUGUGACCUUAAAAUGCGAUAGUCUAAAUAUCCAAAAUGAGGCUCUAGAAAAUGAUCUGAAAUCUUCACGCUCAAUUACUUGUAAGCUUGAAGAAGAGGUUCAUAGGCUCAAAGAAGAAAUCACUGUUCGUCAAAAUAAUUUACUCGAAGUGGAAAGCAAGAAUAACAAUGAUAGACUUAAAUUAGAGAGUGAGUUAGAGGAAAUAUCACAAAAGCUUACACACGCUUUCAAAGACUUGACCGAAGCACAGGCAAAUAAUGAACACAUUCGCAACGAACUUGAAAAGAAAAACGGGCAGUUAACUGCGCUCGAGGAGAAAACAAUAAAACUGGAACUAAAACUCAGUGACGAGCAACGAAAACAGGAGAACUUGCAAAGCAAAUAUGAAUCACUAAUUGUACAAAAUAGGACACUCGAGGAAGAUUUAAAAAAUUUUCGUACGACAUCCACGGAUUCUAAUGCUGAGCUUCUGAAAAUGUCACAAACCGUCUCAGCUAAGCAAAAAGCUUAUGACGAACUCUUGGAUAAAAUGAAUACGGAGCGCACGGUCCUCGAGGGUCAGCUGCAGGCUAGCAAACAACGCAUCGACAUGUUGUGCAAUCAAGUAGAGAUGCUUACGCAGGAAAAUAAGGGUGCCACUGAAGAGAAUUUCAAACAGCUGGAAUUGCUUAAGCAAGCGCAAGAGAAGAAUGGGAAACUGGAGCUAGAAUUGAGCGAAUCAACUCGCAAAUGUGAAGUAAUGUCUGCAAAAUGCAAAGGUGUCGAGAAUGAAAAUGUGAAUCUUCACAAGGAUUUGAUAGCCCUACGAAAUGCAUCAGCUACAUCUAGUGCGACUGUUGCCAAACUGACAGAGGAACUUACUCAAAGACAGAAAAUUAUACAGGACUUUACGGAUAAGUCAAAUUCUGAGCGUCUGCAAUUCGACAACCAGUUACAGGAAUUAGAACAGCGGUUUCAAACGAGUAUUCUAGAUAUAGAGCAAUUAAGAAGUGAGCUACAGGCUACAAUUGAGUCGAAAAACUCACAAGCUAAAGAAUUUGAGUCGUUAAAAUUAGAAAUGCAAGCGAAAUUGUCAGAUCAAUUACAUAAUUUGAAAGAGAGGGAAACCGUCGAGCAGAAAAAGAUUAUUGAGAAUUUCGAGACACAACUUAAGUGUGCCGAACUCACGAAAAACAGAUUAGAUGAAGCGAUUUCUAGUCUACAACAACAAAUAAAACUUUUGCAGGACGAGUUGCUAAAAUCUCAGCUAAAUUUUAAAUGUAAAGAAGAAGAACUAGGCAAGCAAAUUACAAUCUUAGUCAACGAGGCGGAAACCUUGCGAGAUGCUCUGCGGCAUGCAGAAACAAGUGGUGCCAAUUCCUUUAGUAUUAUACAAAUAGAAAAACAAGAAUUACAAAGCAAGGUUGAUAGUUUGCAGGCGGAAUUGAAAGCAAAGGAAGAUCAAUUGUUAUUAAAUCUGGCCGAAACCGAAAAGUUAAAACAAUCAGAGUCGGCUGGGCUCGUGGAUAGCACAAAGUUGCAGGAAGAAAUUAUUUCCUUAAAAACAGCUCUAGACCUCGCAAACACUGAAGUUGAAUUUAGAACGAAAAUGGCAGAUGCGGACAAGGCUAAACUGGAAGAAUUGCGCAACUUACUGGACACCGUACAAGAGGUAAAUGCAAAUAUUUCAGCGACCAACGCAAAUUUGUCAGAGGCGUUGCAUAUAUUAGAGCAAGAAAAAUGUGAAACUGCCAAUAUCUUCGAGCUUUUCGAAAUGGAAUCUGACCAAAAUAUGGAAAAACUGAGUGAAAAACUUAUCGACUUGAAGCAGCAAUUGGUUGAUGCGCGGACAGACAUUGAGCAGAAAUCAAAAAUUAUUACAGAAAAACAAAGCGAUUUGGAGGAAGUCCUUGCGAAACUCGAAGCGUCCGAAGGAGCUUUAGCUUCAGCUCAGGCUACACUAUUAGAGCAAAACCUUAAGAUUGAUGAAUUAAAGUCCGUAAAGACUGAAACUGAAAAGCUUAUUAGUGAGAGAAACGAUGUAUUACAACAGCAUGCCGAUAUGCAACGCAAACUCGAAGAGUAUAAACAAGUCAUCGAUGAAAUGGAUAAAGAAAGCAAUGCCAAGAGCGAUAAUCUAGAGCAGCUAAAGGAACGAAUCAAAGCCUUGGAAAAAGAAAACUCGCUAAAUUUGGAAUCUCAAAAUGUGUUAAGAACAGAUAAUAUUAGUCUGCAACGAAAACUGGAGAUUCUUGGUCUAGAGAAAACGCAAGAGAUCGUUGCUGCACAAAGUCGUAUCAAUGAUUUACAGGCUAUAAAUAUGUUAAAACAGAGUAAAUCAGCAGUUGGUGGUGAGCCGGCAGAGGGUGACGAAACUGAAAACAGCACAGCGCAGAUCAACUUUCUUAACUCGAUAAUUGCGGAUAUGCAAAAGAAAAAUGACCAAUUAAAGGCCAAAAUCAACGCACUCGAAGCGUUGCCUACUGAUUACACACAACCAAAAGCGUUUGAAAUAAUUGCAAAACGGAAACCUGCUCCACGCGUUUUCUGUGAUAUUUGUGACGAAUUUGACAAACAUGAAACCGAAGACUGCCCUCUUCAAGCGUCAGAUGCUCGGGAUUAUUCCCCGCCACCGCCCAAAGACCCUGCGGAUAAAAAAGUUAGAAAAUUGCCAGAGCCACGAAAAUACUGUGAAACUUGUGAAGUUUUUGGCCACGAAACCGGUGAAUGUGAGGAUGAUGAGUGGUAAUACAACUCUAAACAAAAUGGGAAUGUACGCUUUCAAAUUAAAUGGUUCUGUAUUUGUUUUUGACUUUCCAUACGGUUUUUUUUUAAUUUUUUAGUCAAAAAUUAUAUUUCAUUGUCUAUUACUUGUAUUUUAGCAAUACGUAUGUAUCGCUUGUUAUCGCUUAGUUGCAAAAAAACUAUUGGAUAAGGUGGUACAAAUCGGAAGUGUAUUCAUGAACAACUUACUUUACUGUUGAAACAAUAUCUCUUACGCUGCUAUUGAAUACAAUUUCCAAAAAGUUAUUUGUCGAUAUGUUACUAUAUUUUAAUUAGGCGUAAUUAGAAGAUGUAUACAAACUUCAAUUAGAUAGAUAACAAAUUUAUUAAAUAAUAUGGAACUAUUUCUUUUUGGAAUCCAUAUGGGAUAAUAAAAUUAAAUUGAUUCUCUUAUUCAAA